CACCAAGCCGUUCGUCUCGGAGCAAAUCGUGACAAUCGCCAAGCUCUUCCAACAUCUGCAAUGCGAUUUCAAAUUCGCUCAGGUGAGUCGAGAUAUUUUGAAACUCUCGUCCCUGUAGCUUACGGCGAUAGCUAUGCUGUUUGGCUCUACACUAACAAAGGAGGGACACUAUGA